AUGAGAUCAAGACGUGCAAUAGCAUCCACAAGAAGAAGUGGACUUACUCCAAAACCUACAGCAAAGAACUUUGAUAUAAAUGAUUAUGCUGGUAAUAUUAGUGUCUAUAAAGUAGAUCAGAUUCUUCAAUUUGAUCCUACUAAUAUGAAAAGUGCUACAGCAAUAGUAGAGAAUAGUGAUACUUCUCAAAUUAAUGUUGAUAUGACUAGUUUAAAGACUGAAUUAUUUAGAAUAAAGGCUAAUUAUGAUUUAAGAUUUAAUGUCAAAUUAUCUAAUGAUGAUAGUAAUAAUGAUGAUGAUACUAAUAGUAAUGAAAAGAUUUAUGGAAUAGGAUUCUUGUUUAUACUCAAUGAUAAGAAAACAAAAUAUGAUGUUAUUAUGUAUUGUAAUACAAAUGAAAAUCAGAUUCAAGUUCCUUUAGAAAGUAGUUUAUCAUUUAAUCUUAAUGACUCUUUCUUUUUAUUUGGUGAAAAUUCAUAUUCAUCACUUACUAUUAAUCAUCCUAUUGUUUCUAUUGAAUACAAUGAUUAUCUCCAAAUAUUAUUAAAUAAUAUGCCAUUUGGUCUUCAAAGAAUCUUAGGUAAUUUCACUUUCUCUAAUGUUCUCAGUAUAGUAAGUUAUGAUUAUAAUGAAACUACUGGUUCAUGCUACUUAAACUAA